GGGGGACGUCGCCGAUGCCGAGGGCACCAAGGCUCAGGAGCCCGAGGCACCGCAGGGCGGCACUCCCAGUGGCGCCGACUCGGGCGGCGGCGCUCGCGGCAGCGGCGGGGGGUGCUCAGCCGCUGCUACCGCCGCGAUCAGCAGCGCCGAGGCGGCUAGGAUCUCGGUGGCCAAGUUCGCGGCUGCGGAGAUGGCGGCGGCAGCAGCCAAGGCCGAGGGCAAAGGGGCUGAGAUCUCAGCCGAGGCCGAGGGCGCUGCGGCCUGCGGCCUCAUGGUCAGCGAUGGCGGCAGCGCCCAGCAGACAGGUUUGCGGCGAGGCGCCGGCCCAAGGCUCAGGCGCCAGCUUUGCCGAUAUAGUCCGAUUCCGACGCGUCCGAGCCCGUUUCCAGCAUCUUCUUCUCGAGCAGGAGGCAGGACAUUUCUCUUGAGGCGCUCUCGGUACGACUCCGUCCGCCCAGUGCGGCCGGCGCGCGAGGGCGCCGCUGGAGCUGCCGCUGCAGCAAAGCCAGUACCUGUCGUUGCCUUGCUACCUCAGUCAACCGAGUUGCCGACUUCAUGGUUUUCUCGGCGAUCUGCCCCUAUUUUCUGAAGGGCCUUCCGUUGCUGGAGCGCGGUGCGGUUCACGGGAGGUUGGCCAAUCCACGGCGUAGAGAAGCGCCCAUGCACCAUCGAGAGAUGCCCAGCUGUGGCGCCAUGGACAUCACGGUCACGCAUCCGCUGUAUACUUGCUGCCAGGGCAUUGCCGACGGCGCCUUGGCACGGGUCAACUGCGGCUUGGAUAAUUGCACUUCUGGCCGCAUGGCAGGAACUGGAAGCGCAGGCCCCUGUCAUCGUAACCGUCGCCGAGGCGCCUUUCCCAGGCAUCCUGGAGUGCGAGCGCGCGCGUGCACGCGACGCCCAGUUGGCACGCGCAGUCUGGCAUGCAGUGUUCGGGACAUUCGCUGCAUAAGUUUUGCACGUCCCAGGGUAUACUGCGGGCGGCCAUGCUGUCGAACGGCCAGUCCUGCAGAUGCCCCCAGACGGGGGCCGCGAACGAUACACUUAACCUGGCGAAGGACCCCGCCAACAUGCAGCUGCGAAGGAGGGGGGCACGCAAACUCCGAAUAAAGCACGGCAUAAGCCUCUGCUCUCAAAGGCAGCGCGCCGUAGGAAGAACGAGGCGCGGGGCAGUGCGGGC